AUGGGCAGCUGGAGGACGGUAGCACGGUGCCGGAGGAGGGCAGCACAGCGGCGGAUGGGAAGGAGCGGCGAGAGGAGGAGCUCUUCCGCCCUCCCCGCGCCCUCCGUGACUGUCCUCGCCGGCGGCGGCUGCGCCCGUGCCCGCCACAGCAACCGUCCACGGCAGCGGCCGCACUCGCUCCCCGUGCCCCUCUGCGACCUUCCCGCGAGCCUCCUCGCCGGUAGCAGCCGCGCCCGCUCCCCGCGCCUCUCGUACUUUGCAACUGAAUUUUCAAAGAAAUACAUUGCGAAGCUGGUUCGGGCCAAGACAACACACAUUAAAGUGCAGAUUGCAGGAGGACCCUCAACAACAAUGGUUAUUUACAGAUCGUCGGAUACCCGCUACAACCUAUCAUCAGGGUGGUUAGCUUUUGCAGCAGCCAACAGCAUCAGCCUACACACGAUCUGCAUCUUCCACUUUUACAGGGCAGGCUUUAAUACCCCCCACCUCCCCUCCCCUCUUCUCACCACCGCCUCACAUUUCCAACGCCGCGCCGCCCUCUUUCCUCUCCGACGACACCACGCCGUGUUCGCGAGUUCAGGAAGCUUCCACCGCCAUGGCGGCGACCAGUGCUCCUCCAGUGGAGGUGCUCAUCAACGACGCUUACCGCCAGAUCCUGCUCCGCCUCCCGCCGACCGCCCCAAGCUGCUGUAUCGCUUCGCCGCCGUCUGCAGGACAUGGCGCAGCCUCCUCACCGACCCGGCCUUCCUCCGCCGCUACCGCGAGUUCCACGGGCUACCGCACCUGAUCGGCUACGUCCACGACGGCGCUGAUGGACGCGAUCUGGUCGUUGCAAGGUUCGUGACCACCGCCGACACCACCUUCCGCCCGCGCGUGCCCGAGAAGGGCGUCGACCUCCACGUCCUCGACAGCCGCCACGGCCGCGUGAUCUUCAGGAGGAUUGGCAAGGGAUGGCUCGAUGAGUCGUCACUUAUCAUUUGGGACCCCGUCGCCGACCACCACCAGGAGGUGCCCCUGCCGGAGGCGUUCGCGCAGGAGGAAUUCAACCUCACCGCCACCGUCCUCUGCGACGCCCUGGGAUGCGACCACCUCGACUGCCACGGCGGCCCGUUCCGCGUGGUGUUCGUCGGCGUCCGCGACGAGGAGGGUGCGUCUGCCACUUCCGCCUUCAACUACACCUCCUCCUCCGGCUCCUGGACCGCUUCGCCCGCCGCCGCGGCCGCCGUCGCCGACGAGGAUGACUGGGGAUUUCGCAUGCCCGCACCUAGCAUCUUGGUGGGGGGGACCACGCUCUACUUCAGGAGCCCUGGGAGGAUUCUCCGGUACUGGUUCGGCGACGAGAUGGAGCAUCUGUCAUACGUCGACAUCCCGCCGUUCAUCACUCAGGAGACACGCGGAACGGUGCUCAUGCCGGCGGCGGACGGGAGGCUGAGCUUCGCGGCUAUGUACGGCGACAUGACGAUCAGCUUCUGGGAAACCGAGGUCAGCGCUGACGGUGCUGUUGAUUGGGUCCACACCCAGAACGCGCUCGUGAGCAUCCCCCUACCUGGAGUCCUCAUCGGCGCCGCCGCGAGCUUGCUUUUCGUCCGCACCGAGGACGGUGGGAUCGUCAGCGUCCAAGUGGGGAACGGACGAUUCCAGAUGCUACCCCAGCCAGCCCCCCAGCGGCAGCAGAUAUCUGCUCUCAUCCCCUUCAUGAGCUUCUGUACCCCAUGAGGUUUACAUAUCUCUGUCGCUAAUACUACAAAGGUGGAGGCUGAAGUACAAGGAGGAGACAUGGCUGAUUUGGAUGAUUUUCAGAAGAAAUCUUUACUGCGGACGACAGAUUAUGUGCCUGAUGACUUGGGAUAGUCGUGGUUUAGACUUUAGAUGAGUAGUUUUCGUCUUGCUUUUGUUUCUCAGUAGAAAAAAAGGGGGUGCUUAGUUCCUUUGUGUUGUUCUGAACCCUGUCAUGGAAGGCUGGUUGUUCCCAGCGCCUCUCUAUUUUGGUUCUGCAUUCUGCUUUCUUUUUGUUAUUAAGUCGUUGUGAACUCUGAAUGUUGUCUAGGCUGUCUCAAUAAGGAGAGAAUUCCUUAUAUGCCAUUGAAAUUUGGUCUCA